AUGGCAGGGGCGGAGGCGGAGGCAGAGCAGGAGGUGGAGGGGAUGCAGAAGGAGCAACGAGACAUGAAGAUGGUAGUCGGUUCUAUCCCCGUGCUGAAGGAGGAGAGAGAAGGACAGGGAAGGUCCAGUCUCUCCGGCACCCCCAGGGACAACUGGAAGCACUUGGACUGGGUCCGUCUUGCGCACUGUAUCUGCUCGGAUCAGAUCAAGCUGUUGAUCCAGAGCGCGGAGAGGGCGGUGGAACGAGAGGCCAGUGGGGGAGAGUAUACGAAUCAGCUGAAGAUUUUCACUACCAUGACAGAGCUGUUCAAUGACCCCUCGUUCAAGCCCAGGAACCCGUUCCAAGACCCGCGCAUUAACCACCUAGAUCCGUCUUCGAGGAGCUCGGACGAGAGGAGGAGUGUCAGGUACAUCAAAUCAAAGUAUCAGGAUCUCAAGAGGAAGCUAUACGAUGCUAGGGAACACCACCAGCAGGCUGGUGAGGACAAGGAUUUUUUCCCUUUCUGCGUCGACAGGAAAGAAGAUGGCAAAGCUUUUGGCAAACCGAAGCCUUUUGUCUAUUACUUCCACAUGCUUUGCGAGGGUCAUGGCGAUGUAUGUCAGUUGAUUGACUCGUGUAGCGGAGCAGAUUCGUCCAUCAGAGGCAACUCGCAAGGGUCCAUGCCGGGCGAAACACCUCUGGUUGACAAGGAUGGGCAGAUGGAUGAUGCCCGCCAUGUUCGACCGACGCCCAGCCGUCUGAAGUUUCAGGGGUCCACGUCAGUGUCUGAAGGAGUGAAGAGAAAAGCAGAUGAAAUGCUGGAGAGUGUUGGCCAUGUUGUUCAGAAGUUCGCCGAGCGUCUCAACACAGCAACUGAGGAGAUGUCUGAUUUGGAGCAAUCUCGCCUAGAGCUUACAAGAAUGCAGCUGCUGGGCUCUCUUCGACAACAAUUUCGUGAGAUCUCGGCGGAGCUCCGCCGCACGGAUAUUUCCUCCGAGGAGAGGGAGUUUUGGUGCGGCCAGCUGGCUAUCGUCAAAGCUGAUAUCGUGAAGAGAACACAAACAUGA